AAAAUAAGUGAAUAAAUAAUAUGCCGUCUCAAGUGGUGAAGUGUACAAGUUGCAACAUCGUUAUAAACGAAGUGCUAGCUUUCAUAAGCAAUAAAAUAGAUGUGAUGGACGAACAGAGUAUCAGUCGGAUCUGUGUUACAAGUUUUUCGGAAUCGGAUAUCGUGACUGCUAAAAACCUCCUUUUUGAUUCCGUGUCGAGUGCUAAACGUAAGAAAACACGCAGGAGGGAUGGCAAAUCAGCGCGGGAUAUCGAUGAUAUAAUCAGCCUGCUGAAAGAAAGUGACUCGGAGGAGUUACCAACUUUUGUUGCUCGGGACCUUCACAAGUUGCCUCCGAUUCUUUUUGACGACGUAGAUCCUACACAGCUACUUAAGGAUUUACUGCUAUUGAAGAAGGAAAUAAACGAUAUAAAAAACAAAUAUGUGACAAAGGAGCACUUCGACGUAUUGAAAUGCGAUGUAGAUAAAGUAAAAAGUACGCAGGCGGCAGAAAACACGGUUAAUUGUAGCAUUAAUUACAAGCGAGGUGCUUGUUUAUUCGAUAAUUACAAUGAUAUUAUGGCGUGUAAUAGUGGACCGAUGGGAUUCGACGGUAAUAUUAAAAACAUUGAUAACGGCUGCUCGCCGCGUGAAUCAGCUGCGCGCGCGCCGCCUCAAACGAACGAAGCGACCGGCGCGCAUGCGCAACAGCUGACUUGCAAUCGGCCGCCCGUACCGAUAACGCCGAGACACACGGACGUCACGGACAGCGAAAAUUUUUCUAGAGGAAAGGAUAAAUUGCUAUCGGACGUGGUUAGGCAAGGCGAAUUGAAGGUGGUUCAAUACAAUAAAAGGAGGAAUCGUUUUAAAGGAAAUAAAGGCAACGCAAAUGUGGCUGAUAGCAAAUUUAAGGCAGCAGAUAUUAAUAUACCGAUAUAUAUUUAUAAUGUGUCUAAAGAGGUGACUGUGCCCGACAUUGAGAAUUAUGUUUCGAGGAGAACGGGGCUAAAUGUGAUGGUGGAGAAAAACAUUAUGAAGCUGGCUAAAGAUUACGAUGGAUAUAAGAUAUUUGUACCUAAACAUAAACUAGAUUUGUUUAUGACAAAUGAUUUUUGGCCCGAAGGCAUAGCAUAUCGACGAUUCAUAGAUUUUAGACACCGAAAAGUGAUAGAAAAAAAUGGUACUAUUAUUAACAGAGAUCGGAAUUGGGUGUGUGAAAAUACCUAA